CGUCAUACAAACAAAGAGAACCACUGUUUGGUCGUCGCCAUGUUGACAAGCUGGGGUAGCGCUCUAGCCAUUGGACUCCUCGCCGUGGGAUCCAAUGCUUCGCCCAUGACACCAUACAAAAGGGGUCCAUCGUUUGACUACAAUGGCCAGAAAGUUCGCGGCGUGAACACAGGAGGCUGGUUCGUGCUGGAGCCUUGGAUCACACCCAGUCUAUUCGAGGGCAACGGUGCUGUGGACGAGUAUACACUGACCCAAGAGCUGGGUAAGGAUGCGGCGUACAGCAAACUAUCACAGCAUUGGAACAGCUGGAUCACUCAAGAUGACUUCAGCCAAAUGGCUGCUGCUGGCUUGAAUCACGUCCGAAUCCCGAUCGGAUACUGGAGUGUUGUCCCCCGUGAUGGCGACCCUUACGUACAAGGAGCGUACGAUGUGCUGGGUAAAGCACUUGAUUGGGCCCAGGCCGCAGGUCUGAAGGUUAUGAUUGAUCUACACGGUGCUGCCGGGUCACAAAAUGGAUUCGACAACUCUGGUCGCUACGGGUCCGUAGAAUGGACGCAAGGUGACAGUAUUGCGCACACGAUUAAAGUGCUCAACAAGAUCCGCGAUGACCAUGCCUCGCAUCCUGCCGUCUCCGCUAUAGAGCUGUUAAACGAGCCCAUGGGACCGUCCCUCGAUAUGGCGACCGUCAAGCAAUUUUACAUGGACGGGUGGGGAAACCUCCGCGACUCCAAUGUUGCCGUCACUUUCCACGAAGCGUUCCAAGGCGUCAGCUACUGGAACGACUUUGGCGCCGGCAUGUCCAAUCUUCUCCUCGACACGCAUCACUACGAGAUUUUCGACAACGAAGUCGUUGCGAAGUCUCCAGAUGAGCACGUCAAGUCCGCCUGCGACUACGGAAAUCAAAUGGCGUCGACUGGGAAGUGGACCGUCUCAGGUGAAUGGACAGGCGGUAUUACCGACUGCGCAAAGUGGCUCAACGGUAAGAAUAAGGGAGCGCGUUACGAUGGUACGCACAAUGGCGCCACGAAGACUGGCGACUGCACCGGCAAGUCGACGGGCACUGUUGCUGGUCUGUCACAGGACGACAAGUACAAUGUUGGUCGCUUCAUCGAGGCUCAGCUCACCGCGUACGAGAAGGCUAGCGGAUGGAUCUUCUGGACGUGGAAGACUGAGGGCGCGCCCGAGUGGGAUAUGAAGGAUUUGCUUGCCAACGGCCUUUUCCCGUCUCCCGUGGGCGAUCUUUCCAAGCGGAAGUGUAAGUCUUUUGUCCAUCUCUUUCUUCUUCCAGCAGCCCCUACUCUUCCCUGCAUGGUGUUUAUUUUUGAUCGCUUUCCAUCUCGUACAAUCCAUCGCAUCUUCACGCGUCUGCGACCAGGUGUGGAAAUGACAAGGACGUCGUCGAAGCUUACUGACCUUCCACACAGAUCCCGGCAUCUGCGGCUAAUACUCCGUCUUACACACCGCCCAACUCCAUCCAUUCACCAACCAGUCAGAUGCAUACCGCACUGA